CAGCGCGCUCUCCAGCUCCCCAGGGUUUCCAGGCACCUCUGGACACCAUCCAUUUUGCUGCUCAGGUCCCCGCAGCCCGCCGGCCGGGAAGCAUGGCAGCCAUCCCCUCCAGCGGCUCGCUCGUAGCCACCCACGACUAUUACCGGCGCCGCUUGGGCUCUACGUCCAGCAACAGCUCCUCCGGAAGUGCCGAGUACCCCGGGGAUGCCGCCGUGCCCCACCACCCAGGUCUCCCUAAGGCCGACCCUGGUCAUUGGUGGGCCAGCUUCUUCUUCGGGAAGUCUACUCUCCCAUUCAUGGCCACAGUGUUGGAGUCCCCUGAGCAGUCGGCAGAAUCCCCCCAGACCUCCAGCAGCGUGGUCACCGGUGGCCAGGCUGCAGAAACCAUGAAAAAGCAACCAGGCAACCAAACCAACACCAGGCUGCCAUCGUGAUCUGACAGAACCACAACCCAAGCAUCUGAGGUGCUAUGCCAGAGCCCUGCCUGUCCUCCCCACUCUGCAAACUAUACCGCCUGCAGUAAGCAACAGACACCAGCAAAAGCUGGAGAGAGCUCCCUCCUCUCUCACUGCACCAAAAUUUCCUGACCCUAUAAAAUCGUGCCUUGCACCAAGCAGAAAAUAAACUCCAAGUGGCCAUAUUUCA